GGAUGGAUGCUGCGGGAAGGGGCUGCCAUUUGCUGCCCCUGCCAGCGGCGCGCGGACCUGCCCGCGCUCCUGCAGCCGCCGCCGCCAGCGCCGCCAGCCCGCCCGGCCUCUGCAGCGGGGCCGCCUGCGCUCCUUCCGCGGCCGCCGGAGUGGGCGCCAUGAACCCCAGCUCCUCGGCGGGAGAGGAGAAGGGGGCGACGGGCGGCAGCAGCAGCAGCGGAAGCGGCGCCGGGAGCUGCUGCCUGGGCGCCGAGGGCGGCGCGGAUCCGCUGGGCUCAGGGGCAGCCGCCGCGGCGGGGGCCGCUGCCCUGGACGAGCCCGCGGCUGCCGGCCAGAAGGAGAAGGACGAGGCGCUGGAGGAGAAGCUGAGGAACUUAACUUUCCGGAAGCAAGUCUCGUACAGGAAAGCAAUCUCCCGGGCAGGCCUCCAGCAUCUGGCUCCUGCACAUCCCCUCAGCCUUCCUGUGGCAAAUGGUCCAGCCAAGGAGCCCAGAGCGACUUUGGACUGGAGUGAGAAUGCCGUGAAUGGAGAACACCUGUGGCUGGAGACCAACGUCUCGGGAGACCUAUGCUACCUUGGAGAGGAGAACUGCCAAGUCAGAUUUGCAAAAUCAGCUCUCAGGAGGAAGUGUGCAGUCUGUAAAAUCGUCGUCCACACCGCCUGCAUUGAGCAGCUAGAAAAGAUUAAUUUCAGAUGUAAACCAACAUUUCGAGAAGGAGGCUCAAGGUCACCAAGAGAAAAUUUUGUACGUCAUCACUGGGUGCACAGGCGUCGGCAGGAGGGGAAAUGUAAGCAGUGUGGUAAGGGCUUCCAGCAAAAGUUCUCCUUCCACAGUAAAGAGAUUGUGGCUAUCAGCUGUUCCUGGUGCAAGCAGGCGUUUCACAAUAAGGUGACCUGCUUCAUGCUGCAUCACAUUGAAGAACCCUGCUCCCUGGGGGCUCAUGCUGCUGUUAUUGUCCCACCCACUUGGAUCAUUAAGGUGAAGAAACCUCAGAACUCACUGAAGGCUUCAAAUCGGAAGAAGAAGAGAACAAGCUUUAAAAGAAAAGCCAGUAAAAGAGGGAUGGAACAGGAAAACAAAGGUCGUCCUUUUGUGAUAAAACCCAUCUCUUCUCCUCUCAUGAAACCCUUGCUUGUAUUUGUGAAUCCCAAGAGUGGAGGCAACCAGGGAACCAAAGUCCUGCAGAUGUUCAUGUGGUACCUGAAUCCACGGCAAGUCUUUGAUCUCUCUCAGGAAGGGCCAAAAGAUGCGCUUGAAUUGUAUAGGAAAGUACCAAAUCUGCGAAUUCUGGCCUGUGGUGGGGAUGGAACGGUGGGCUGGAUCCUUUCUAUCCUGGAUGAACUGCAGCUGAGCCCUCAGCCUCCCGUGGGGGUCCUUCCGCUGGGGACUGGGAAUGACCUGGCUCGAACUCUCAACUGGGGAGGGGGCUACACUGAUGAGCCUGUUUCUAAGAUCCUGUGCCAAGUGGAAGAUGGGACAAUUGUACAGCUAGAUCGCUGGAACCUCCAUGUGGAAAGAAACCCCGACUUGCCUCCAGAGGAAAUUGAAGAUGGUGUAUGUAAGCUCCCUCUGAAUGUUUUCAAUAACUACUUCAGCCUUGGAUUUGAUGCUCAUGUCACACUGGAGUUCCAUGAAUCCAGAGAAGCAAAUCCAGAGAAAUUCAACAGUCGUUUUCGAAAUAAAAUGUUCUAUGCAGGGGCAGCUUUUUCUGACUUCCUACAGAGAAGUUCUAGAGAUCUGUCCAAACAUGUUAAAGUUGUUUGUGAUGGAACAGAUCUCACCCCAAAGAUUCAGGAACUGAAGUUCCAGUGUAUAGUAUUUUUAAAUAUACCCAGAUAUUGUGCUGGCACAAUGCCCUGGGGAAACCCAGGAGAUCACCACGAUUUCGAACCUCAACGUCAUGAUGAUGGUUAUAUUGAAGUCAUUGGAUUUACCAUGGCCUCUUUGGCAGCCCUGCAAGUUGGGGGCCAUGGAGAGAGGCUACACCAGUGUCGAGAAGUCAUGCUUCUAACUUACAAAUCCAUCCCCAUGCAAGUGGAUGGGGAGCCCUGUAGGUUGGCCCCAGCUAUGAUUCGGAUCUCCCUGAGGAAUCAGGCCAACAUGGUACAGAAGAGCAAGAGGAGAACAUCCAUGCCUUUACUUAAUGAUCCCCAGUCUGUCCCAGAUCGUCUGAGGAUCCGGGUGAACAAAAUCAGUUUGCAAGACUAUGAAGGAUUCCACUAUGACAAGGAGAAACUCCGGGAAGCUUCUAUUUCAGACUGGUUAAGAACCAUUGCUGGGGAACUAGUGCAGUCAUUUGGAGCGAUACCUCUGGGUAUUCUAGUUGUACGUGGAGACUGUGAUUUGGAGACUUGCCGUAUGUACAUAGACCGCCUACAGGAGGACCUACAGUCAGUUUCUUCUGGCUCCCAGAGAGUUCAUUACCAGGACCAUGAAACCUCCUUCCCCAGGGCUCUCUCAGCACAGAGGCUCUCCCCUCGGUGGUGCUUCCUAGAUGACAGAUCUCAGGAACAUUUGCACUUUGUGAUGGAGAUUUCCCAAGAUGAGAUUUUUAUUCUGGACCCGGAUAUGGUGGUGUCACAGCCAGCGGGGACACCUCCGGGCAUGCCUGACCUGGUGGUGGAGCAAGCCUCGGGGAUCUCAGACUGGUGGAAUCCUGCCCUGCGGAAACGCAUGCUGAGUGACAGUGGGCUGGGGAUGAUAGCUCCCUAUUAUGAGGACUCAGAUCUGAAAGAUCUCAGCCACUCCCGCGUGCUACAGUCACCAGUCUCUUCAGAAGAUCAUGCAAUUUUGCAGGCAGUAAUAGCUGGUGAUCUUAUGAAGCUAAUAGAAAGCUAUAAAAAUGGAGGCAGUCUGCUAAUUCAGGGACCAGAUCACUGUUCACUCCUUCACUACGCAGCUAAAACCGGCAACGGGGAGAUUGUGAAAUAUAUCCUUGACCACGGACCUUCCGAGUUAUUGGAUAUGGCAGACAGUGAAACGGGUGAGACUGCACUGCACAAGGCUGCCUGCCAGCGGAACCGGGCUGUGUGCCAGCUUCUGGUGGAUGCAGGAGCAUCUCUGAGAAAGACGGACUCCAAGGGUAAGACACCUCAAGAGAGAGCACAGCAGGCUGGGGACCCAGACUUGGCUGCUUACCUAGAAAGCCGUCAGAACUAUAAGGUCAUUGGCCAUGAGGACCUGGAAACUGCUGUUUGACCCUGGUAUUCGGGCAAAGAGAACGUGAGCAAGCGUAUCACAUCUGCCCUCCCUGCGAUUGGGCAGCUCCCCUGGAAGAAGCUGAUGGAAUUCAUAUAUCUGUCUCUCUCCUGCAAGAAUCUACCUGAGACCAUGCCACUAGUUUUUAAGGGCUACCAAGAUGUACAACAGAACGUGAUAGCCCAUUGAGAAGGAGGCAGGAUACCUGGAGAUUUGUGGAAAACAGUACGAGUUCCACAAAAUUUGAUCCUUAUUGCUUCCAGCAAGUAGCAUGAACUUCUGUGUUCACUUGUAUAAUUUAUUUUAAAGAUUCAAAGGAUGUUCGUAUAAACGGCACUGCUCCAUCCUCCCCCAUGCAUUGAUUUUUUUUCCCUGUACCAUACAAUUCUACUGUAACUACCCAUUAACUUUAAAAAAAAUAUAUUAUCUCUUCUCUUUACAUUCAGUCUUGGAAGACCACAAGAUUGUCUGAAGGCCUUCUAAAACCCGCUGAAUGUCCUGCAGAAAUAUAACUGUAAAACCACUUCCAUUUCCAAGACUAAAUAUAUCAAGACUAUUUAGUGACUCUCUCUGCAUGUCCCCACCACCCCCCAACCCUCCGUUUCAUUAUAUAGGAGCUGGGAAGUGCCACAUGGAUAAUGUCAACUUGUGUGCUAUAUCUCUGAGGAAUGGUGAGGUGGCAUGGGAGAUGUCUGUGCUUGGAGGUACCUCAGAGAGGUAACCCAGGGGUCAGCCCAGGCUGCUGGGCUGUAGCCAAUAGCCAUGCAGAACUGGUUCAGCUUGGGCUGUCUGUACAGCUCCGUACUGCCUAUGUGUAGCCAUCUUUGCCUUUUGCUGCAAUUGAAGAUGAGCAAAGGAUUAAACAGAGGCCCACAGCUAGUUUGCAGAACCACUCAAUUUUAAGUACUGUUUAAAUUGCAGAGCAGAUAAUCAUGUGUGGGAACUGUGGUUACAGGAAAUGGAGCACUCUAACAAUGUUUACUUCUAAACUUUGUUGAGUGAUAAUAGAAAGCACCCUAAAUGACUUGAAAAAAACAAAAGCAAAAGCAAAAGUAGCAACAUAUGUCAACAUAUGUCACUGAAGUAGAAAACAGUCAUUGGGAUGUUGCACAAAGGCUAGUAACUAUAGACUGUUGGAUACAGUGGUGAGAGGGGUCCCGUUUUAGGUCUUCCUUUUAGGUUUUUGGUUUUUAUUACUCCAAGUAACCCUUGACCCAAGGACAAACGCCUAUUGUAUGAGUUCCACUGCCAGAUUUAUGGGAUGCCCAGAUCAUUCAGAAGGAUGCUUCAACUAUUAUUUGUCAGGUCCAAAGGUCGUACUUGAUAACCCCAUUUUCUAUGUAUGGGGUAGUCUAAUAUAUUAUUUUAUCUACUUUAUUUUCCCCUUUCAGAAAGUCCUUAGUGCAAACUACCAUGGGAAUCUAGCCAGAAAUGUCUGUCGGAUAGUUAGAAUUGUAACAUCUAAACCUGCCACGGAUCAAAUGGUACUUACAGGUACCUCUAUUAGGGACUCUGUGAUACUUAAAAUAUCAAAAGAAAAUGUGUGUCUUUCUGUCCGAAUAUCUACUUGACUUGGGGUAAGUCACAAAUAAAAGUGGGCGUCCAAGGAUUUUGCUUUUGGCGAAAUCUGAUGUCUCCUGAGCUUAUUUUCAUUUUGUCUUUGGACACAGCAUAGUGCUUCCCUAAUGUUUCUACAUAUGACCAUGAAUGGUAGUGUCUCUACAUUUAAUUUAAAGGUCUAAUGGUGACAUUUUGCUUAUCUGAGUCACAUUUCGGUAACAUAUCAUCAUUUUGAAAGUACGGCUAUGAUAUACUAUAGUAAAUAGGAACAGCCUUUCAGUGGAUGGGGAUUUUAUUACCACAGUCUCUCCAUAGUCAUUUCAAAAUCAAAUUGUUGGUGGGAGGAUGGAUUAGGUUGUGAGUAAUCUACUUCCAUAUAUCAGCCUCAGAAAUGGAACUAUCCUUUGGAUGUUACAGGAGACACUGCAGCAGAUUGUUUCCAGAAGCUGGAAAAAUAUGCUCCAGGAGAAUUUAAUCACUGGGCUUUUGCUGGGGGAUUUUUAGUUGGUGGGACUGUCAAGGAAAUGUGAUGACAGAAAUGUAAUCCUUAAAGCAAACUGGAAUCUGGCUUUGAAUGGCAUCUUCCAUUCCCUGGAUUGGGCCAAGUGUUUGGCCAGUCAGUUAUCUAGCUGUUACUGCUGGGAUGAAGAACUCUGUUUUCAUCAACUACUGUCUCACAUUUCUCUGUAAAUACUUCCAAGUAGCCCAGAGAAAAUUUAGGGUACAGGUGGCUAUGGGCCAAUUUCUAAAUAGCUCCUAUUGAAGACAUGAAUCUGUGGUAUGGAAAAUGAUGAGUUAGUACUAUAAGAUUCCUGAUGCAUUUGGAAAUUGUUUCAAACCAAAAAAAAAAAAAAAAAAAAAAAAAAAAAAAAAAAGGUUAGAGUCCUGUGUUAUUCAUGGAGACCAAUAUUUGAUAUAUCGCUUUGAAAAAAGCAAGUACCACUAGGACUUGGGAUUUCCAAAUUAAAGUGAGCAGAAUAACCACACGUUUAAUGUCUUCAACAUUAAACCACUUCCUGUAGCAUGUUUUAAAAAUUGGUCCUGGGCUUUAAAAAGAGCUAAGGCCUUAUGGUCUAGGAGUUUCCAUCUCAGCUUAAGUAUACUGUAUCCCUACUAAUAGGCUAUCAGGAAGUAGAAAAGUAAGUGAUCUAGUCCUGGUCUGAAGAGCCAUAUAACUUUAACAGAGAUAAAAGUAUGUACCUAUAGAAAUAUCGUUUCUACAAAGCCUACUGAGACAGCACUGAAGAGGCAGCUAGCUUGGCUGACUCUGUUUGUUUCUGUGUGUCAUGGCACUGACUGCUUCGAGAUUCCAUUUUUAGAUGAGGUUGAUAGAGGAAUGGAAAAUGAAGAGUUAUUAAAAGACAACAUUCUAUAACCUGAAAAGUAGUCAUUUUUGCAAGCUUAUAUUUUAAUAUUGUGCAUUUAACAAAAUAGAUCACAGUCAUAUUCAAGGACUUCAUAAAGAAUAAGAGAGAAGAUUAGUAAGCCAAGAAUGAAAUAAAUACCAUGACAGGAAUUUUGCUUUCAGAGUUUAUGUUUCCUCGGUAGAUGUGAUAACCAAAGACCAAUGCAAGUUUUGAAACAGAAUUUAGCUGGCAAAUGGACAGUGAUGGAAAUUAGUAAUGACUGAUGGAAAGCCGUACAUACCUGUUGCUCCAUAUCCUUUCAGAAUGGCCAUUUUGGCAGAUCUACCUGUGCUAGGAGCUCCUCAACAUCCCUUCAUUUUCAUUUGGACCUCGUGAGAGUCCCUUUGCCUAACAAAUUUCUGAAAUUUAUUUAUUUACUAGAACCCUCAUAAUAUUCAUGACUUAAAAAAUAUAACACAGCAUCUUUAUUUUAUUACGUGUCAAUUUUAUUAAUAAUAUUUAGGGGUUUUUUAGUUGUAAAAAUGGCACGUGCUUUUUAUAAAAUGUUUUAAUACCACAGAUGAGUAUCACAUCCACAGUCAAGGCAUCCCUUUGUUCUGGUGUUGUGUCCCACUUCCCAAAAAUAAAUGCUGAUGAACACUGUUGCUUGUACAUGAUGUCAGAAAUACUCCAUCCAUUCAUACACAAGCAUGUAUGUAUAUACGUAUAUACAUUUACACACAUAUCUAGACAUUUAUUUAUAUACACAUACAAGUAUGUAUACUAUAUUCAUGUAUAUUGCAUAGGUUUAGAAAAGAGCAAACAUUUUAAAAGCAUGCUGAUCAUUUGUAUAUGUGUAGUGAACACCAAUAGGCAAAGACAGGUUAAACAGAGAAUUUCCAUUUAUUUUUUGUUUCCACCAUUGCUAGGCUUAGAUCUGUCUUGGCAUUACUACAAUUGCAUUUGCCAUUUUCUAUUACCUGUGUCAUAAAAUUCAUGAUCAAGAGUUCCUGUAAUUGUUUAUGUUGCCUUCCAUGAAGCAUAAAACCUACCAUAGCCCCAAGACUUACCUAUGCUACGUUUGGAUUUCAAGUAAAAGAGAGUUCUUUCCUCUGUGAUGCUUACACCACUUUACAAGGCUGUUUGUAACACUAACACUCACUAGGUUGCCUAAUGAUAUUUAAUUAGGGCAGGCUACUGCCAGGAAGGUGUAGUAACCAGUGUAGUAUGGGGUCUGAGCAGCUUGUCUUCCUUCCAGAAGGAGUAGCUAAUGAAAUCACUGAGAACAGCAUGAUAUUUUAUUCAAUGAUGCUAUUUAAAAAUGGGACUUUGUUAAAAGGGCUCAUCAUAACCAUCAAAUAAAACUACUAAUUGCUCUAUUUAAAUGAAUUAUGUUCAUUUUAGGAAAAGAAGCAGAAAAACAUCUAAUAAAUUAGCCUUCUGAUUAAUCUUUAACACUUAUUUAAUAUAAAAUGGCUUCUGCCUGCAUCUUAGUUGAACUACCUUUGAAUCUCUCAACUCCUUUCACUCUGAAUAUCAUACUCAGCUGAUUAGAAGUCCUACAGGCCCUUCUCUGCCAGAUCUCUCAGAUCGACUUGGACCCUACCCUUUGCUGUGUCCCAGUCAUCCUUCAUCUCUUGUCCCUCUAAUUUUUGGGCCAUAGCAACAGUCCUGCCCCUGGACUUUCUGCCUACUACUGUCAAUAAUUUUGUCACACAGCUGCAAAAAUCUUCCCCAGAUAUGCUCAAAAUAGAUCAAAAUGAAAUUACCCUCUGGGACAAGUAUACCUUUACUCAAAGGACACAUACAUGUCCACUGACCUUGAUCAUCUUAUAGAAUUAUGGCAAGCAUGAUUCUGAAAAUCUAUCAGGUUUAGCAAAUAUCUGUCUUAGUCACAUGAGGGUACACAAUCAUGGCUGCUGCGUCCACAUUCAACAAUGUAAGCCACAUGCCUCUUUGAUGGCACUUGGAGGACUAGGUUAUAUAUUUUACACUUCUGAGGGCUAUCUGUGGAUUUUACACUGUCUCCUCACAGCUUAAUGAGAAACCUGAAAAUAAGAACCAAGAAAAGAGUCAUGCCCUUGGACAACCUGCUCUCCCAGGACACUGAGAUUUGCUGACCAGGUCCCAGAAAGAAAGCAGAAAAAAAUAAUUCUUAGGCUCUUGUAGCAUAGAUUUUAAAGUAGAAAUGUGAAAAUUGGUAUCUUCAUAAUGCUUAGACUCUAGAGUCUAUUUACAUAUGAAUUCAGUUAUGCAUGUAAUCGUAUGUCCAUGAAUCAGUCAUACAUGCAUGUAUUUAAUCAUUGUUUGAAAAAUAUUUGUCACUCUGAUGCAGGCAUCAUACUAAGGAUAUAACAAUGAAUGCAAUAGACAAAACUCUUGAUUUCAUGAAGCUGGCAUCUAGAAGAAAAGACAAAUUCCAAUGUGAUAAGUGCAGUGCAGGAGAACCCCAGGGUGUCCAGCAUGGGCUGGAAAUUCAACCAAGGCUUUAUUGUACCAGCCACUCAUUAGCCAGCAAUGAUUUUGUUCAAUGAAAACAUAAGUAGGAAGAGAAUAAUAUUUUGCAUUUCCGUUUUAUUGGAGUCAUAGUAGAUUUCUAAAAAUGUAUCUGAAACUAAGAUUUUAAAACGACUUAGAAACACUAUUAAAAUGAAAGCUAAGACUCAUUUAUUCUAGCUUUCAGGAUAGAACUAGGAAAAAUAAGUAGUUUUCAAUGGGUUUUGACUAAAUAUAAAGAAGAUGAAGUAUAAAUAAUAUGUAAUAGUGGAGUGGAUAUCACAGUGUUAUAAACUUUCAGCCUCUGGUAGCAUUUAAACAGAGGAUACCUGACCAUUCUGAGGGCUGUUGUGAUUAGGAAUAUGUGAUUUGAGAGGGCUGAAAUUAGAUGCUGUGAUUUUUCAAAAGAAAUGUUUUAGUGGCUUUGUUGAAUGCAAGAUUUUAUUUAAAAAACUUAUGAAAAUCUUGAUUUUUGAUUUGUUAAACAUUGCUUUAUAACUGAGAAUUUUUAAAAUAUCCAGGGGAAUGGCAUUAGUUAUCAAUUUUAAAAAUUUUAAACUAAGCAUGAAUUUAAGAGCUAGUGAAAAGAAAACAUACUGAAAGGUGUAAUUUAAUUAAAAAUACUUCUGGAAGCUUAUAAAUUUUGAUCAGUAUUCUUAGUCAUUGUCAAGUAAAAUUCUAUUAUAAAUCUGUCUUACUGUCCAUCCAAUAUAAAAAAAGUGCUGUGGUUUGAUAUUAUAAGAGUUAAGUGUAAUCUAAUAUAACCACAGAAGAAAAUUCUGCCUGUGAGAUAUUUGGGAGCCAAGUAAAUGUACAUGAAAGGCAAUCAUGGAAAACUCCUUGGCUUCUGCCACCAGCGUGGCAGCCACAAGGGAGGUCCCUACCCUUGUAAAUAAGAAAAUGGUGAUCCAAGUUUUCACCCAACUUUUGAAAUUUCAAUAUUUUGAGCCAAAUGCCUUCUGAAAUGGGAGGCUUUGAUAAUGGGAAAUACUGAAAUUAUCUUUUUCCUCAAGCCUUUAGUGAAACACACAUGUAGUUUUUACUCUGUAACAGUUUAAACAACUCAAAUCUAUACUGUUUAUUAAGAACAAUUUCAAGAAUUAAAAAGUGCUUUAGCAUUAUAAUGUAUUGUCACGUUUGAGCUUCAGUUGGGGUUCAAAACAAUCCCAAGUAGGUGAAUAAUGCAGAUAAUACAUUUUAGAUGAAUAAACUGAAUCUCAGAGCAGUAAAUUCAGCCUGUGCAGCUUCAUAUAGCAAAUGAUAGUGCUGCAGCCAGAACUGGGUCUUUAGAAAUUACGUAUUAACAUGUUUUCUAAGUAAGUCAUUUUCCAUCAUUGCCUUUAAGGAUGUUUUUUAUCAAUUGUUCAGAUUUCCAUAAUAUAGAAGAUGCC